AUGUCAUCAUCUGCUGAAAAUUCUGCUAACAACUCAAUCAGUGAAGAUUCUUCAAAAGUUCAAGAACCAUUGACUCCAAGUAUCCAUUUAACUCCAAAUAGAUCAGCUUCAGUUUCAACUCCAAGUAAUAACUUUCUCAAUAAUGAUCAACAAUCAAAAUUUAAGCUGUUUGAUGAUACAACAACUCCAUUACAAAGAUCAACAAACUCUUUAAACCAAUCUGUUGCCACUGCUCCUCCUUUAUUUAGACGUAAUGAUGAUGAUUCUCAAUUAGAAUCUGUUAUUCCAACUGAUUUAGUUGAUAUCAAUUUGGCUUUAGGUGCUUUAGACUUGGAUUAUGGUGGGGCUCGUCCAACUGGUAUCAUUCCAGGUAAAGAUACUGGUAAAGAUGAAUCAGGUGAAACAACUGAUGGUGUUAAAGGUUUAUCAACUGGUGAAACUCCAGUUCCAAUUGAAGGUCAACCAGGUAUGGAUCCUUUAAUGGAUCAUUUUAAUCAAAUGUUAUUACACCAACAAAGAUUACCACCAUUCUUAUACAACCCUGUUAAUGAGUUUGGUCAACCUUUACAUGCUGGCUUCAAUCCAAAUGAACCAAUGGGUUCACCUCAUCCUCAACAACCAUGGCCAACAAAACCAUUUAGUCCAAAUAUGAAUGGUGCUAUUCAAGGUGGUCCACCAGGUUUAAUGGAGUCAUUAAGUCACACUCCACCUCCUUUACAUCCGGGUAUGAUUCCAUUAAGACCUUUCAAUUUCUCACCAGAUGGGAUACAUCCUCAAAUUCCUCCUCCUCCAGGUGUUGGUGGAAUUCCAGGUGGUCCAAAUGGUCCUGGUCAAGUCAAUUUCCCAGGUGUUGGUAAUUUUGGUAUGAUUAAUGGAGGUCCUCAAAAUAAAGAUAGAAGAUCAAAUUUGAAUUUUCAAGACCGUUCAGAAAAUGGUGGAUUCAAUAAUCAACAACCUCAUCCAUUACAAAACCAACAAUUAUGGCCACCUUUAAACAAUAGAAACCAAUUUGAUAAUAAUGGUUUCAAUUCUCAUCAUCAUCAUCAAGGUGGUAAUAAUGGUCCAAAUGGACGUAGAUAUAAUAAUUACAAUGGUAAUUAUCAUGGUCAUGGUAGAAGAAAUAUGGGUCAACGUAGAAGAGGUGAAGAUGCAUCAAAAUUUGCAAAUGCAAGAUUAGCUGAUUUCCAAGGUGAAAUUUAUUCAUUAUGUAAAGAUCAACAUGGUUGUCGUUUCUUACAAAAACAAUUAGAUUUAAAUACUGGUUCUUCAACAAUUAUUUUUGAUGAAAUUCAUCAACAUGUUAUCGAAUUAAUGAUUGAUCCAUUUGGUAAUUAUUUGAUUCAAAAAUUAUUAGAAAAAGUUAACGAUGAACAACGUAUUACUUUAGUUGAAAAUGCUUCAUCACAAUUUGUUUCAAUUGCUUUAGAUCCUCAUGGUACAAGAGCUUUACAAAAAUUAGUUGAAUGUAUUAAUACACAAAAAGAAGCUGAAAUUAUUGUUGAAUCUCUUUCAUCAGAUGUUGUCUCAUUAUCAAGAGAUUUGAAUGGUAAUCAUGUUAUUCAAAAAUGUUUACAAAGAUUAACUCCAGCUGAUUCUCAAUUUAUUUUUGAUGCUGCAUCUGAAAAUUGUUCAAAGAUUGCCACUCAUAGACAUGGUUGUUGUGUUUUACAAAGAUGUUUAGAUCAUGGUUCUAAAGAACAAUGUGAACAAUUAUCAUUAGUUAUUUCCAAAUCAGCUGUUGAUUUAUCAUUAGAUGCUUUUGGUAAUUAUGUUGUUCAAUAUGUUUUAGCAAAAGAUGAAAAAGAAGCAAUUGCUAAAAUUAUUGAUUCAGUCAAGACUGAAAUUGUUAAAUUAUCAUUACAUAAAUUUGGUUCAAAUGUUAUUGAAAAAUGUUUAAGAGUUUCAACAUUAUCUAAACAAUUAAUUGAUGAAAUUUUGAAAAGUGGUGAUGAAUUAGUCAAAUUAUUAAAUGAUCCAUUUGGUAAUUAUGUUUUACAAACAAGUUUAGAUGUUGCUAAAGAAGAACAAUUUGAACAAUUAUCUUCAUUGUUAAAACCAUUAUUACCUCAAGUUAGAAAUACUCCACAUGGUAAAAGAAUUUCUGCCAGAUUACAACAACCAACUGAAGGUGAAACUCCUUCCUCAAGUACUGUUCCUUCAGCUGGUAUUGCUUCUGAUAAAGCUAGUACACCUCCAACAACAGCUCCAACCACAGCUCCACAUAAAGAAUAA